AUGUCUGAGCACCGCAUCAUCGACAUGUCCACGGCUACUACUACAGGUGCGCACACCGAGGAGAGCCCGCAGGGCUCGACGAGGGAUAGCAAAGCUAACAAAUCAGGAGAAGACAAGUACUCGGUCAUCCUGCCGACGUACAAUGAGCGCAAGAACCUGCCCGUCAUUGUCUGGCUGCUUGCCAAGAUGUUCGAGGAGAACAACCUGCAGUGGGAGAUUAUCGUUGUCGACGACGCGUCGCCCGACGGAACGCAGGACGUUGCGCGCCAGCUCGGCCGUAUCUACGGCGAGGACAAGAUUCCGCGAGCAGGCAAGCUCGGCCUCGGCACGGCGUACGUCCACGGCCUCAACUUCUGUACCGGCAACUUUGUGAUCAUCAUGGACGCCGACUUCUCCCACCACCCCAAAUUCAUCCCCGAGUUCAUCAAGCAGCAAAAGAUGCACAACCUCGACAUUGUGACCGGCACGCGGUACGCGUCCAGCCCCUCUCCCGCGUCGAACGGGCGCGUAGGCCUGGGCCCCGGGGGCGUGUACGGGUGGGACCUGAAGCGCAAGCUCGUCUCGCGCGGCGCCAACUAUCUCGCCGACACGGUGCUGCAGCCGGGCAUCUCGGACCUGACGGGCUCGUUCCGUCUCUACCGCCUUCCGGUCAUUCGCGACAUCAUCGGGCGCUGUACAUCCAAGGGGUACGUGUUCCAGAUGGAGAUUGUCGUGCGCGCGCGCUCGCUCGGAUACACCAUCGGCGAGGUGCCGAUUACCUUUGUCGACCGCAUUUUUGGGGAGAGCAAGCUCUCUGGAAACGAGAUUGUCGGGUAUGCCAAGGGCGUCGCCAACUUGUGGUGGGGCGUUGAGUAA